UUUCGCCAAAUUAUACCAUUUCGUACUUUAAAUCACGUGACCUGUGGGAAGUACCAACAAAAACAUCAAUUUUUUGCAGUUUAUUCUCAUUAAUUUGUCAUUAACAACAAGUCUGUUCAUUUGCAGUCUGUGCUAUGAAACAUCAAAAUGAAUGGGGAUGAUCCACAUGCCCAGGAGAAACAGAGCUUACAAACCAGAUUACUGGAUGCUGUGAAGCAGUGCCAGGUACGAUUUGGUGGGAGAACAGAGCUUGCUACAGACAGUGAUGCCAGAGUAUCAUGUCUGUGUGCAGCCUGGGAGAGUGUACUGCAACAUGGUAUGAAAGGUGAAACAAAAGCUAUUGCAGCUCUCAAACAAGUUUCCGAAAUGACUGGUCUCACAAAGGUUGCAGAAAUGUUUGCAGACAAACCCAUUGAAAAAGAUCUAGUGUUCUGGAACUAUGUAAAGGAAGUGUUGACAAGACAUGAGGCAGAUAGAUUCAUGAACCUGAAAAAUAUUAAUACAGACUCUGGUAGAGGAAGAUCCUGGUUGAGGGCAUCAUUUAAUGAACAUUCACUAGAAAGAUACAUGCACAUGUUAGUGGAAAGUGAUUCAUUAUUAAGUCAAUUUUACCACAGCUGGGCAUUUCUGAAAGACCAAGAGAAAAACAGCAUGCUCCCAAUGAUGGCUAGAGGACUGGACUCCAUUUUGUUUGCCAUCACUGUUGAUAAUGCUGAGUUAAAUGCUGUUAUGCAAACACCUAAACAGGUGGUGGUGAAUGUCGGUAACAUCACAGCACCUGUCCUGAAACCGGAAGAGGAACUUCGACCUGUAAUAGCUGGUGAAGGACCUCAUGAGCGAGAGAAGAAGAAAGAGAAAAAGAAGAAGAAAAAAGUAAGUCAUAUAGUGAGUUUUGAUGAGGAUGACACUGGGGUAGGAACAUUCUCCAGAGUAAAUGUGACUGGAAAGACUGGAAGUUUUACCUACGGUUCACCUUCUGAUACCUUCGAUAAAUCAGCGCAACAAUUUCAGACAAUUCCACAGGAAUCUGUGACAUCAAGCUCAAAAAUUAGUGUUAAUGUUGUAAGUUCUGGAUUUAAAACUAUAGACCACAGUGCAGGUGCUAUGACAAAAGAUAGUCAAUUAAAUAAUUCUUCACAGAAUAGCCAAUCCGGUGCAAUGUUUAGCCAAUCAGAUGAUGUGUUUCAAAAUGGUGCCACUUUGUCUUCUGAAAGUAUUCUCAGAUCUGCGAGUAGAGAUCCCAGUAUAGCUUCAGGACGAUCAGAUAACAGGAGGAGUCAGGGGUCAUUCAGUUCAGCAGACUUUGAAUUAAGUAUGGAGAUGAGUGGAACUGUAAUGACCCCUGUGACCCCUGGAGGUCGCAAUGCCAUAGAUGAUGAUGAUACUGGACUAGGACGAUCUUAUGAUUCCAACACACUAUCAGCAUACAAUGGUGAAGAUAUACAAUCUGCAACAUUUGCUCUACAACAAGCUCAGAUCAGUUAUAAUGAAAGUCAUAGGACACAAGGAGAUGGAGGUAACGUGUCUGAAGACAUACAUAGUGACAGGAUGUCUACAGAUGAGCUGAAGAAAGCUGUUGUGUCAAUGAUGUUAAGAAAAGAUGAAGUAGAAGAACAAAAUAAAUCAUUGAAGCAGAUGUUGGAACAGGAAAUGGAGGCGUCGUCUAUACUGAGGGCGGAGAUUGAGGAUAUGAAGCAUACAGAAACUACCAGACAUGAGAAGGAACAGGCUAAACUACAGGCAUUACAGAAAGAAAAUGAGUUGUUAAAACAUCAGCUAAGGAAAUAUGUGAAUGCUGUACAGAUGUUACGAACUGAGGGAACUACUGUUGAUGUGAGUUUGGGGAUUCACGUAGAAGAACCACAACCCACUAUUCCACCUGAGAAACCAAAGACAGAUUAUAGUCAUGAGGCGGAGGAAUACGAGAAAAAACUUAUACAGGUUGCUGAAAUGCACGGAGAACUAAUGGAAUUCAACGAGUUGUUACAUCGUCAGCUGAACCUCAGAGAAAAUAUGCUCAAACGACUACAGAAUGAACUUGUUGACCUUAGAGGACCAUUACCACAUGACAUUAACUUUACAGAUGAUUUAUUGGCCAUGGGUGCAGAAAGUUUGAGUAUACAGCAAACCAGUCUGAUUAAUGUAUGGAUACCAUCAGCUUUUCUCAGAGGAUCUGGUGCUGACACCUAUCAUGUUUAUCAGGUAUAUGUAAGAAUAAAAGAUGAAGAAUGGAAUGUUUAUAAACGCUACAAGCAGUUUAAUGAGUUACAUGCUGCAAUGAAAAAGAAACAUCCGCUUACUGGAAAAUUUGAAUUUCCGCAAAAGAAAACAUUUGGUAAAAAGGACAGUAAAGUAGUUGAGGGAAGACGAGUUCAAUUUCAGACAUACCUUAGAUGUUUAAUCAAUCAUAUUCUAGAAAAAGAUUCAAGGUUGUCCACCAAUCCCUGUAAACAAACUUUGUUAGAUGUUCUAGAUUUCUUCAGUGACAAAAUAGCAGAAAAGGACAAGAAGAAAAAGAAGUCAGAUGGUCAAAGGACACCUUUGUCUUCUAGUCCAAGGCAAGCAGCUCCCAUACCUGAACAAUACUCUGGUUUAUAACCUUAAUUACAGAAAUUCUGUGUAAUAUGUUUGUUAAUUAUAAAGAAACUGUCAAUAACACAUGAAAAACAACAUUGUUCUUUUAGUUUGAAAGUAAUUUAUUAAUGUUUUAGAGUGUAAUCACUCAAGCAAUGGUUAUGGUGCAACUUUUUAACUCGUAAAUUCUUAAUACAUGUACAAUGUAUAUUGAGAAAUGUGCCAGUUUUAAAAGUGUUUCAUUAUAUGAAAUUAUUUUAUAAGCUCGACUAUUCGAAGAAUAGGGUGAGCUAUUGUACUCACUUAGGUGUCAGAGUCACACUUUGGCUAAGUUUUUGCAUGUAAGUUGGUAUUUUCAAAACUACUGACAGAAAUGGAUUGAAACUUAACAGACUUAUUUGAGAGAUUGAUAGGAUGUUACUUUCUAAGAGCCAUAACUCUUAACAUAUAUUUUGACAGAAUUAUGGCCUUUUUGAACUUAGAAUAUUCUACAUUAUCUUUCUAGGCUUUUGUUCAACUCUCAAACACUGAGAAUAGUCCAGCAUGCUGUCCUAACGACAGCUCUUGUUUUUUUUAUUCUACUUGAAGAACUGUGCAUAAUUUGUAUAAGGCUUGAACUUGUGUUCAAAAUGUGUUUGGAGGAAUAGAUGGGCAGUAUUUUCAUAGUGUAAUUUUCAUUUGAUUAAUGUUGUGAGAUAUUGUGUAAAGCCAAAAGAAAUUUCUAAUUUUAGACAUUGUGAUGCUUAAACUUUUCAACUUCAGAUAAAUAACAUUUGAAAAUAAAUAUUGAUUAUAUUCUAAGUAUAAAACAUCAAUUCCUAUUCAUUAUUAUCAUAGUUAAAUAAAUUAAACUUCUUCUCUCUUUGAUUUAUACAAAAAAGAGUCUUGCUGAUGGGGUCAUUAUGCUUAAAUAGACUAUCAGAAAACAAUUUUUUUUUUAAAUAAGUCUUUUUUUUUGUAAAAGUACCCUGGGAAUUGGAAGGCAAAAAUGGGGACGGGUGUUGUUGGGGGCUUCCUUAAGUUUAUAUAGCCUUAAAUAGAUCAGAUGUCAUAAAAAUCUUGUGAUUACUGCAGUUCCAAGUGCAAAUUACUCUUCUGCUUGUAGCAUGUCCAUGUCCUCUACAAAGGUUAAUAAUUAUGUAAGUCUUGGGUCAAAACUGGCUCAGCCAAAAGUCAGAUAAUUUAUAUAUGCUAUAAUUAUUUAGGAAAAUAAAUUUAGAUUCUUUUUAUACUUAGUAAGUCUCUAAAAAAUCUGUGGUCACAUGGCCAUAUAGUAUUAUUGUUAAAUUUAAAUAAUAGUUCUCCCCCUUUGAAAGAUUUAUUUCUAGCUUUCUGUCUAUCUUGUCCCACUCUUACUGUGCUUUUAUUUGUAUAUACCAAGUUUUAUUGUGUUUUGAUACAUUCAGUUUAAUGGCUUUUUUGAAACAUUAUAGAAAAGAUUGCAAAAUUGAUUAUGAUAUAGUGCUAUGAUUGAGGGACCAGUGCAAUUGUGAAUUGAUUAUCAUGUACAUGUAUAUAUUAUGUUAAACUAUUAUAUAUAGUCUUAUUCUGAGAUUAUAAGAAGUCAAAAUGUGGCAUUGAUAUAACUCAGUGCUCUUUGUUGUUUAUAAGUAUCAGAUAUUUGAAUACACUUGUUGUUUUGUAAUGAAAUAUUUACAAAUAUAUUGUUUUGUAAUUAUGUAUUUAUGAAAAUUGAAUAAAAAGAUAUAAAUAUUUUCAGCAAA